UCUUCUUUGGUUACGUUACUGCAAAUUACUAUCAUAUCCCACUGAAAUUCCGUAAUCCGGCAGUCGCAUCAAGAAAUCAGCUGGUACCUCCAUGUGUAUGGAGGGUCUGGAGAUAUGUCGCAUGUAAUUGCAUAGGAAAACAUUGUGCUUCAAGCACAACACUUAUUUCUCCCCCACGACUUGGCAAUCACAACGUAAAAGAAAACUAGGUAUUCCUAUCACUUAACAUUCAAUAUGCCAAGACUGAGAUUUCCUCAAUUCCGAUGAAACCUCCGAUAAAAGAAAAAAUUGUUACACAGAAUGGAUUUCUCGAGGAGUUUUUGGCUUCAUAAUUGCAGACCUGCACGUCGUGGAAUAUGUUGUACUGUUUUAUUACUAGGUAUUAUCGUUCUAUCGACAUUAUUAGCAUAUAGUGCAUUCGUUUCCAAGAAGGAUCAUCAAUCGGUUAAACAAAUUGCAAUUAUAUUUCGACAUGGGGCAAGAAACCCCACAGAAACGUAUGCAAAGGAUCCACAUAGGAAUCACGAGUGGGAGGACGGUUGGGGAGCUCUCACAAAGGAAGGGAUGCAACAGCUUUAUCAAUUGGGUCAUUGGCUGAGGGAGGAGUAUGACUUUGUAAUUGGAGAAAAGUAUUAUUCAAAAACAACCCUAGUACGCAGCAGUUACGCAGAGAGAUGUAUUAUGUCUGCACAGGCACUCCUUGCAGGACUAUUUCGUCCGGUACCGCUGGAUUACUUCGUUGAUGAUCUGCCAUGGAGACCUGUACCUGUAGUUCCAAUUCCACGGGAUCAAGAUAAACUCAUAGUGGUGAAAUAUCCUUGUGCCAAACUCGAUGAAGCACUCAAGGAAGCUUAUGUCAAUGAAUCGGCCGAGUCUGGGAAGGAAAUGGCGUCUUAUUAUUCACAAUUAUCAUAUUACACUGGCCAAAAAAUAGAGACAAUUACUGAUGUCGAAUUCCUGUACAAUACUCUUGAAAUUGAGAAUUUUUCUAAGAAUGAGCAUGGACUGAAACUGCCAGAGUGGACAAAAAAAUUCUACAACGAUAAAAUGCGAGAGAUUGCAGCUAAAAGUUUAGCAAUAUUUACAAGCAAUACGUUACAAAGACGUUUACGAGGAGGCCCUUUGCUGAAAGAGAUUACGGAUAAUAUGAUGCGAGUACGAAAUGGCGAGGAUGAGAGGAAAUUGUAUCUGUACUCCGCACACGAUAUUACGCUUGUAAAUGUGCUGAGGGCGAUGGGGUUUACCGAGGAAUUAUUUAAACCAGAUUAUGGAGCCGCUCUCAUCUUCGAACUUGUUUUGUCUGAGGAUUUGGAAGAAGGAGAACGCGCACUGGAAGUCAAGGUGAAGUACUUGAAUAAUACAGAUAUGGACCGGACAACUCCUCUUGGAAUCCCCAGGUGUCAGGAGCCAUGCAAACUCUUGAAUUUGCUACACGUGUGGCAAAAUGUACUUCCAACGAACUGGGACGCUGAGUGCAAAGUUUAAUUAUUUGUGGAAUUGCGCGAGCAGACGGAUAACUCGUGUUAUUAUUUUUUGAUAGCCUCUAUUUUCUCAUCGCUAGAGUUUUCCUAGAACUCGGAUAAUAUACUCCCCAGAUUUUGAGGGAUUCAAGUGGUUUUCAUUAUUUUUGAAUGAAGUUAUUUCAGCCAAGAAUUUUUCACCGAUCAUUCAGCAUAGUUUUAUUAAUACCCAUGCCAUUUCCACCACUUUGAAAUACUGAAUAGAAUUAUUAUACAAUUAUUUACGUCCAUAGGGAUUAAACAAAAUAAAACAAAUAAGAAUGAUAAUGUGAAGUGAGAA